CAUAGUUUCCCGCCCAUUUGCAAAGAAAAUUCGAAAAUCACGAUUUUCUUGUUCACUCUCUUCUCGAUCUUCUGCGGCAACGCUUUCCAGAAUAUUGAGCCCAAGGCCAAAUUCCACCCAAAAUGAGCACUCCAAUGGAGAUAACCCUUCAAAACCCUCAAGAACCCAAUAUCUCAGGUCUAGAAAAUGGCGACGCAGCCUCCGCUCCUCCUCCUCCUCCUAUUCUCAACGAAGACAAAGUCCUCGUUUCGGUUGAAGUGUGCUUAAAGCCCUCCAGUACAGCUCGGAUCGACGAUGUCCGUUCUUCAGUUGAGAGAAUGCUCGAAAAUAGGAGUUUGAGCUAUAAUGACGGGCCAAUUCCGGUGCCUGUUGAUGAUCCAUUUCUCACAGAAAAUGUGCAAAGAAUCCGAAUUUGUGAUUCAGAUGAAUGGGUGCAGAAUCAUGAAGUUCUUUUGUUCUGGCAAGUGAAGCCCGUUGUACAUGUCUUUCAGCUUAGUGAGGAAGGACCAUGUGAGGACUUGAGCGAAGAAGGACAACUUUCUAGUUUCAAUGAAUGGAUUCUUCCUGCAAAGGAAUUUGAUGGCAUGUGGGAAAGCUUAAUAUAUGAAUCUGGCCUCAAGCAAAGGUUGUUGCGAUAUGCUGCAAGUGCGUUGCUCUUUACUGAAAAGGGUGUCGAUCCUUUCCUUGUGUCCUGGAACCGCAUUAUUCUAUUGCAUGGACCUCCAGGAACUGGGAAGACAUCUUUAUGUAAAGCAUUAGCACAAAAGUUGUCCAUACGAUUUAGCUCCAGAUACCCACAGUCCCAAUUGGUUGAAGUUAAUGCACAUUCGUUGUUUAGUAAAUGGUUCUCCGAAAGCGGCAAGUUGGUUGCGAAGCUAUUCCAAAAAAUUCAAGAAAUGGUGGAGGAAGAAAACAAUCUGGUAUUUGUUUUGAUUGAUGAAGUUGAAAGUCUUGCUGCCGCUAGAAAAGCAGCUUUAUCUGGUUCCGAACCUUCGGAUUCUAUUAGGGUUGUGAAUGCUCUACUAACUCAGAUGGAUAAAUUGAAAUCAUCGCCCAACGUGAUAAUCCUGACUACCUCCAAUAUAACUGCUGCUAUUGAUAUCGCAUUUGUUGAUCGAGCUGAUAUCAAAGCAUAUGUUGGUCCUCCAACACUUCAAGCCCGUUACGAAAUUUUAAGGUCCUGCUUGCUGGAACUUAUGAGAAAGGCAAUUUUGUCGAGUUUUCAGGAGUGUGACCAGCUUAUUCUCCCAAAUUACGCCACCAUGAAAGAAAAGUUGAACAUGCCUGAGACGCAGGAGGUUCAGUCCUUCCGCCUAUGUAAACAGUUGCUUGAAGCUGCAGGAGCUUGUGAGGGUUUGAGCGGAAGAUCUUUAAGAAAGCUUCCAUUUUUGGCACAUGCCGCGCUUUCCAAUCCCUACCAUUGUGACCCUGGCAAGUUCUUGUGUACAAUGAUAGAUACAGCAAGAAGGGAACUUUCCGAGCUACAUGAAUGAUUCAAUGAAAUUUAACUCCAUGUAAAAGAUGUAUUUAAUACUAAGUGAAAGUAUAAUUAAAUCCA